AUGGGGUGCCGCGGGGUGUGCUGCUGCCCCGCGCCCGGCCUGUACGCCUUCAACGAGGACAACGCCCGCUUUGCGCUCCUGGCCGUCCUGAUCGUCUCGUAUCUGCUGUGCGGCGCGGCUGUCUUCUCUGCCCUCGAGCGGCCCACGGAGCUGCGAGCGCAGGAGAAGUGGCUGGAGAGGCUGGAGAACUUCUCGCACAGGUUCAACCUCACGCCGGCCGAGCUGCAGGAGCUCCUGCGCGAGUACGAGGACGCCUACGUGGCCGGCAUCCGAAUCAACAACACGCUGCCCCGGUGGGAUUUCCCGGGGGCUUUUUAUUUCGUGAGCACCGUGGUCUCCACUAUAGGUUUUGGCAUGACUACACCAGCCACUGUCACAGGCAAGCUUUUCCUGAUAUUCUAUGGCCUUAUAGGCUGUGCAGGGACCAUUUUGUUCUUCAACUUGUUCCUGGAGCGCUUGAUCACCAUCAUAGCCUAUGUCAUGAAGUCCUGCCGCGAGAGGCAACUGAGGCGGAGGGGGGGCCUUGCCCAAGACAGCCAUCACACUCCUGGGACCGCCGAAGUGGACAGCUUGGCAGGAUGGAAGCCGUCCGUAUAUUACGUCAUGCUUAUCUUGUGCAUUGCGUCCGUCAUCGUUUCCUGUUGUGCCUCUGCUCUGUACUCUCCCAUGGAAGAGUGGAGUUACUUGGACUCUCUUUACUUUUGCUUUGUGGCCUUCAGCACCAUUGGAUUUGGUGACCUGGUGAGUGGCCAGAACACCCACUAUGAGAACCGAGGCCUUUACCAAUUUGGCAAUUUCCUCUUCGUACUCAUGGGGGUUUGUUGCAUCUACUCCCUCUUUAAUGUGAUCUCCAUCGUCAUCAAACAGUCUGUGAAUUGGAUAUUAAGGAAACUGGACAGCACGUGCCAUAGAUGCCAAAGAAAACUCUUCCGGUCGCGAAGGAAUGUUGUGGUGCCGGGAGUUGCCCGGAACCAACGCAACAUAUCCAUCGAGUCGGAUGGUGUCCUCGAGAGUGAGGCAGACGGGCGCAGGCUGUCCGGCGAGAUGAUCUCAAUGAAAGACCUGUUAGCGUCUAACAAAGUGUCGCUGGCCAUCAUGCAAAAACAGUUGUCCGACAGUGCCAACGGCUGCCCGAGAGCAAGCGUCGCUUCUAGACAAAACGGUUUUGCUGGUGGCGUAGGCGCUUUGGGGAUUAUGAACAACAGGCUGGCAGAGACAAGCACAGACAGAGACAUCCACGCUGGGAGGGGAUCGCUGGGUAACAGAUAAUGAAGGGUCAAAAGUCGCCACAGAGGCAGAACAAACUGAGCAGGCCACCUUUUGAGUGUUGUUGCUGGCAGUUCGGACCUCUUGCAUUUUGCAC